AUGUCGCAAGCUGUGGAAGCUGAACAUGCGUCUCUGUCGUGGAAUAUCUUGGGCGAUAGUUUUCCAAAACACUACGAAUCUAGUAAGGAAAUUGUCACCCAACCUAAAGAAGAAAGCAUGAGUAAAAUUAAAUUGAAACUACAAGACAUACAAGAUGCACAUAAUAGAAUUAAAAAUGAUGUGGUCUUCACACCAGUUAUCGAAGCGAAACAUAUAGGAAGAAACUUUUGCAAUGUUUUCUUAAAAUGUGAAAACUUACAGAACACGGGAAGUUUCAAAGCGCGCGGAGCCUGUAACGUUCUGUCCAGUAUGUCACCUUCAGACAAGAGUAAGGGUUGCACCGUUUCAGGAGGGCGAAACUACCUUUCUGCUAUGACAUUCUAUGGGUUCAGACAGUCAGUCCCUAUCAAUGUAAUAGUCCCGAAAGAUUGUCCUCUGGCCGACAAACAUCGAUACAAGGAGAACUUUGCUAUUGUGAAGGUUCACGGCAGCGAUCUCAACGAUGCCAGCCUUCACGCACUCACUUAUUGUGAUGAAAUCGGUUCCAGUUAUAUACACGGGUCAGACCGAUUGGACUUAAUUGCGGGCUAUGGUACCCUGGGACUGGAACUGCUGACACAGAUGGACAAGAUGGACGCCAUCCUGUGUCCUGUCGGCAGUGGCGGGCUUGUCGCAAGUCUCGUGUUGGCAGUCAAGAGCCUCAAACCUAACUGCCUUAUAUACGUAUGA